GAGGAAUAUUGCGGCAUAGUUACACCUCAGGAGCCGGCUUAUGAGCUUAGUGGCUCUGUGCCAGUACGCGGCGAGAAAUUGCGCAUCAGUUUGCCACGUAAAGACUCAACUAAGGAGCGGGUACAGAGCUCAAAGUCCCCACGACGAGCAUCCAACACUAGCGGCAAGUCUUGGUUUGAGUUCGCCGAGGAGGGUCUGCGCGCCAAUGCAGCCAACUUGGAACGCAAAGAUUCUAACAAACAAUUGUUACAGCAGAAAAAAACCGGAAAAGGAAACAAAAACAAAGUCACCUGCCGGCACAGCGACCACAACCACCGUGCAGAUCAUGCAAACGCAAAUUACACCAACCUCCGGCACCACAACGACGCAACGAAAGCUCUCUGGACAUUGGAUAGAUUUCGAAAAUAUACCGGAAAAACGCAAGCCACCAAAGCGAAUUACGGCUUUGCCCAAAGACGGCGUCAUUUCCACGACUACUAGCAGCAGCCGAACUCACGCCGCCCAAACGAGUGGGCAACAUGCGGCGCACACCCACGCACACGGACAAGGGCCCGGGCAUGGACACCAGCCACCACAGCCAGAUGUGACUAUGGACGGCAAAAUCCACUACAACUAUGUAAAGCCGGAAGACUGUCAGUGCGAGUGUCAUGAGGCAAAGAGGGAAGGAGCCGUGGGCGCUGGCGCUGAUGAGACGGAGGAAGCAGGCACGGUCGGUGCAGACGAUGAGGCUGACGGUGUAGCAAGCAGCAAAUCCAUAACCAGCGUGGAUCUUCUACAGCAAGGUGAGGAUAUGUUGCCAUUGCUGGACCCUGACACACAAGAUGGAAUUGAGCCAAGUGACUCGUCGCGUGAGUACAGCUGCUACACGGACGAUGAGAUGGAUGUGCCGAUGCGGCAGACAAGCUCCAGUCGCUCGAAAAGCAGUUCCUCAAAGCUGGAUGAGUUUCCGCGUCGUGAUGUAUCGCACAGUCCACGAAAUCGGAAGUUUCCGGACAAUCGCAAGUGA